UCGGUUAUAGAAUUUCGAACAAUAAAAUAUAAAAACCACCAAAAUUUUAUUGUUUUAUCUUAAAUUCAUGAUUUGACAAUUUGUGGAUAUUGAAUACCAAAGUCACUUCUUUAAUACUCCUUUAAUACUUUACAUUUUUAAGUAAGAGCGAGAACUCAGAACAGGAAUAGAAAAUGGUAUUUUCCACCAAAGUAACUAUCAAACCUGGCACUGUAAUUGGAGGUGAAGAUAUUCUUCCAAAUGGUAAUCGUUAUCACUUCUUUAAAGGAAUUCCCUUUGCAGAGCCUCCUCUAGGAGAAUUAAGAUUUAAAGCUCCAGUACCACUGGAAAAGUUUUCUGUCCCAGAGCUUGAAUGCAUUAAAGAAGGCCCGAACUCAGUCCAGCAGGAUAGGGUCACAGGCAAGCCGUUUAUCGGUUCUGAAGAUUGCCUCUACCUAAAUGUAUUCACACCGGAAUGUGAAUCAAACAAACCCUUACCAGUGAUGUUAUACAUCCAUGGAGGUGGAUUUAAUACUGGAAAUGGCAAUAGCGACAAACACAAUCCACUUUACUUGUUACAAGAAGGAGUAGUUGUAGUCACAUUCAACUAUCGGCUAGGUGUUCUUGGAUGUCUUUCUCUUCCUGAAGCGGGAAUACCAGGCAAUGCUGGUAUGAAGGAUCAGGUUCUAGCCAUGAAUUGGGUUCAAGAAAACAUAGCUCAAUUUAACGGUGAUCCAACUAAUGUUACACUCUUUGGUCAUAGCACUGGUAGUGUGUGUGUUCACAUGCAUUUAUUCACAGCCAAUUGUGGAAAGUUGUUUCACAGAGGUAUCAUGCAAAGUGGCGUUUCUAUAAUGCCUUCAAUGCUGGAUGAAGAUGGAGUUGGUCAAACGAGACAUUUAGCUAAAUUAAAAAUGGUAUUUUCCACCAAAGUAACUAUCAAACCUGGCACUGUAAUUGGAGGUGAAGAUAUUCUUCCAAAUGGUAAUCGUUAUCACUUCUUUAAAGGAAUUCCCUUUGCAGAGCCUCCUCUAGGAGAAUUAAGAUUUAAAGCUCCAGUACCACUGGAAAAGUUUUCUGUCCCAGAGCUUGAAUGCAUUAAAGAAGGCCCGAACUCAGUCCAGCAGGAUAGGGUCACAGGCAAGCCGUUUAUCGGUUCUGAAGAUUGCCUCUACCUAAAUGUAUUCACACCGGAAUGUGAAUCAAACAAACCCUUACCAGUGAUGUUAUACAUCCAUGGAGGUGGAUUUAAUACUGGAAAUGGCAAUAGCGACAAACACAAUCCACUUUACUUGUUACAAGAAGGAGUAGUUGUAGUCACAUUCAACUAUCGGCUAGGUGUUCUUGGAUGUCUUUCUCUUCCUGAAGCGGGAAUACCAGGCAAUGCUGGUAUGAAGGAUCAGGUUCUAGCCAUGAAUUGGGUUCAAGAAAACAUAGCUCAAUUUAACGGUGAUCCAACUAAUGUUACACUCUUUGGUCAUAGCACUGGUAGUGUGUGUGUUCACAUGCAUUUAUUCACAGCCAAUUGUGGAAAGUUGUUUCACAGAGGUAUCAUGCAAAGUGGCGUUUCUAUAAUGCCUUCAAUGCUGGAUGAAGAUGGAGUUGGUCAAACGAGACAUUUAGCUAAAUUAGUAGGUUGCACUUCAGACGAUGCGAAUGAUAUAUUGAAAUACUUGCAAAACUUUGAAAAUUUGGAAGAGUUUGUUAAGCCUUUGAUUCGUGAUGGUAUGCCUGUUUUGCAUGCUACAGUUCCCACAAAACCGGUUAUUGAAGCUGAAAGUCCAGAAGCAGUAAUUACAAAAUCUUUCUUUGAGGCAAUUUGUCAGCCAGAUUUUGUUAAAGUUCCUGUAUUAAUGGGCUACACCAGUGUCGAAGGAUUAGGAUAUCUUUCGAGAUACAAAGAAGAUUUGAGUGAUUUUGAAAAUGACUUUUGUGAGUUUGUCCCUCCGGAGUUAAAUCUACCAUUGGAAGACCCAAAAAGAAUUGAGAUAGCUAAUUCAAUAAAAGAAUUUUACUUUAAAGGUGAAAAAAUUGAUGAAAAAAUGAUUUAUCAAUUAGGUCAUUUGAUUGGUGAUUAUCAAUUUUCUUCGUGUAUUCGACAAGCUGCUAAAUGUCAUACUCGAUUCCAACAUAAAUCACCUUUGUAUUUUUAUCGAUUUGAUUUUGAUGGUCAAUUGAAUUUAUAUAAAAUUAAAUAUAAAGUUACACAUUUAAAAGGUGCUUCGCAUGUAGAUGAUUUAUGUCAUGUUUUUCAAAUGGAAUUUGGACCUCCAGAACCAUGGGAGGAAGAAGCACAUAAAAUGGUUGUGACAUUUAGCAAAUUGUGGACGAAUUUUGCAAAAUACAGUAAUCCAACUCCAACAAUUGAUAAGGAAACUGGUGGAUGUAUUUGGGAACCUGUGCCGAAAUGUGACAGCUGGGAAAACAUGACCAUCAAAACACUGAUAUUGGAUAAGGAAAUAAGAAUGAUGGACAACCCGGAUGAAGAUCGAUUGGCAUUUUGGAGGGACCUUAAAAAGUACCAUCUUUAAAAAA